GAUGCGUGAGAACAUGUCCACCAUGGUGUGUGUGAAGGAGGAGGAGGACCCUGGGGAGAAGCUGUCUCAGGAUGAGAUUAUCUCCAGGACCAAGCAGGUGAUCCAGGGCCUGGAGGCUCUGAAGCAGGAGCACAACUCUAUCUUGGAGGGCCUGCUGGGCACGCUGCGCUGCCUGAAGCAGGAAGACCAGGGUGACCUGGUGGAGGAGAAGUCCCUCAUGAUCCGCAGGUCCCUGGAGAUGCUGGAGCUGGGCCUGAGCGAGGCACAGGUCAGUACACUGUUUGUCUGCUACAUACCUCUGGAUCUGGGUGUGCUGGAGCUAGAGCCCUCUGGGAUCUGAUCGAAUGAACCUUCAAAUUAGACAGCUAGAUGGAGAACCCACAGUCACCUACUACUUAAAUGGUCUGAGUGUCAGUAAACCAGACUGAAACAGAGGAUUAUCCAUUAAUUUACCACCAGUGUUCUUCCUCGACCCCCCCCCCCCCCCCCCGUUCCCCUGCUGUGUUUGGCCCAGGUGAUGAUGGCGCUGUCGGGCCACCUGAGCUCUGUAGAGUCGGAGAAGCAGAAGCUGCGGGCACAGGUUCGCCGGUUGUGCCAGGAGAACCAGUGGCUGAGGGACGAGCUGGCUGGCACCCAGCAAAAGCUGCAGAAGAGUGAGCAGAGCGUGGCUCAGCUGGAGGAGGAGAAGAAACACCUGGAGUUCAUGAACCAGCUGAAGAAGUACGACGAGGACCUGUCGCCAUCGGUCAGUUAACCCACACCAUACACAACACGCAGGCAGGCUGACGCAAACACACACACCACCGCUUUUCAUCUGCCUGGUUUACUCUAAAUGACAAUAACAAUCAUCUGCCCUCUCUGUUUUCCCCUGUUAGGAGAAGGACUCUGUCUCCAGUAAAGAGAAUCUGGAUGAUCUGUUCCCAGACGACCAGGAUGACCAACCUCCUGGCAGUGAGUGUCUUCUUCCUAUCCACACGUCUCUCUUCGUUCCUCACCUCCCAUUCCCUCUCCUCUCUCCUUGUUCCCACUUUCCCUCCCCACUCCCUCCUAUACAUUGACUGGUCCCUCUUUAACUACUUUCUCCUCCUGUUGGUCUGAAAGGCCUGAUCGCUGUGAGCUUUAAAGUGCUAUUAGACAGAGCUGGUUGAGUGUGGAAGCAGGCCAAAUGGAAAUGGACCCAGUGAGCCAGAUCACACAAGCACUGGGUUGGGUUCACUCCAGCAACCAGCAUGUACAGGAGAGGAUCUGAGGCAGAGAGACAGACAACCACUCCCCAUUAAGCAGAUUAUUAUUGACAAAAUUAAACAAAAGGAAUCUUACGUACAUUACAAUAUCGUAUAAUGAUCCUACACAGAACCACAUUCAACAAAUGAAGUAAGACAUAUCAGUAAUCUACAUUAGUACCCUUUAAAUCCCUGCAAUAUGUUACAUCUCCAGUAAUAGCUUCACCACAUAGAGAGCUAAUGAGAUGCAGAUAGGGCUGUGGAGGAGGGAGGGAGAGAAGAGCAGGAUCUCUAGUCCUUUAUUGUGUUUGUAUUGGGAUAUUAUUACUUUAUUUUAAUCCGUGUUUCUGCAGAGGGAAAGAAAGAGAGGAUCAAAGGGAAGAGUGGGUAGUGCCAGGAAGCUCUCCAGACUGCGGGGAGGAACACAUCAUCAAAUGGUCCUGGGUGCGCUCACAGUAAUCCUGCUGCCACAUUAAGCAGAGCUGGCUGAGAUGGGGCUCUGUGUCUGUAUGACAGGAUCCUGGGCUGGUACUGUUAUAGUGAAGUGGAUUAGACUCCUCUACUGUCCUGACUGCUACCUCGUUGAUAGGCUCUUAGGUCCCUAUCAGUGCAAUGCUGGAGUUGGUACAAUGCGCCCUGGCUAUGUUUUUAGGUAGUUGCAGUGCGCUGUAUUUGCACUACCACUUUUUCAAGUGGAUAUCUUUGGCUUGGCCAUGCAUGUCGAUAGGAUUCGUCACUAGUGUGAGUGGUCUGAACACCUGGGAUCAGUUUUUGCCGGCGUGACAUUUUUGGUACUUCCUGUGUAAGGCCAGGAUGAUACCAGUAUCUAAAUAUUGUUUCCAUGGCAAGAAUGAAAACGCAAAGCAGAAUAAACUAUCUUGUCCUUUAAAAACCUGCUGUAUGUUAAAUAUUGUGUGCUUUAGCUUGGGAAAUAAAUGUGACUCUGGAUGACAACAUAAUGUUUGUUUCCAACAUUAAGGCUGUUUUCCUAAAGAAGUUAAUACCCUUCGUGUUUUGUUUCCUUGCCGCGAUACUAAUGAUACUGAUAUCUUCCAGGCUCUCUUCCUGUGUGGUGGAGAGUGUUCUUACUGCAGCCCACUGGCCCUCCUUCAGAGGUGAUACAGAGCUGUGGGCAUCUAAUGAGAAACACGAUACUAUUAAAAAAUAUAUAUCCUUCCUAUUUAGUACGCUAGUAUGGGUAUUCGGACACAGCCAGUGUCUAAUUUUCUCCACUCCAACAUUAAUAAUGUGUUUGAGUGAAUAGUCCAUGUGAGUAAUUUAUGUUAUGUUAACCCCUCGCCCCCCUGCUCUGUGUGUCUCCAGUCCAGCAGCCCCACGGUAGUGCGGCAGCAGCUGCGGCCCAGCAGGGAGGCUAUGAGAUCCCGGCCCGCCUCAGGACCCUCCACAACCUGGUGAUUCAGUACGCCUCCCAGGGCCGCUAUGAGGUGGCCGUGCCCCUCUGCAAACAGGCCCUGGAGGACCUGGAGAAGACCUCCGGACACGACCACCCAGAUGUGGCCACCAUGCUCAACAUCCUGGCCCUGGUCUACAGGUCAGUCCGGGGGAGGGGCUCUGGGGUGGGGGUGGUUAGUAUAUUGGGUGUGAAUCAAUUAUAGUCAAUAUGUUUGAAGUUAUCAGUCAGCUCGUAUGAUAAGAGUUGUCAGCUGCUAGUUACAGGAUUGGUAAUGAUCAUUGAUUGCAUUGCAUGUUGAUUACCUGCAAUACUUGAUAUAGGUCUAUCCAAGACAAAACAUUUGUCCAUAAGGAAGGGUUGUGUUGGAUAAAAUGGUUGUUUAUGUGGUGAGAGACUAGCUCCCAUUGUUGAGAAACCAUGGUUACGAUUCCCAAUGUUUUCAAACUUGUUCUUGAUACACCGUGGUAAUUGACCUCAUUGUCAGAGAAACCACGGUAACAUGCCCCAUGGCUUCUCUCUCUCUUUCUCUCUCUCCUCUCUCAGGGACCAGAACAAAUACAAAGAGGCAGCCAACCUGCUGAACGACGCUCUGGCCAUCAGGGAGAAGACUCUGGGCAGGGACCAUCCAGCGGUGAGUGAUGUUUCUCAUCAUCUCUGUGCCUCAGCAGUAUGUCUGUAACCAGCCAGGCAGGCAGGUCCACUAACUGUGUCGACCCCAACAGGCUUGUGUCUCUGACUCUCCCUGGACCUCCAGUUCCCUCAGUGCAGACUCAGAACAGCAGAGGUUAGGCUCUCUAUCCCCUUUCCCCCUCCAUGUGGGCACCAGACCAAGUCAAAGGUCACUGUGGUCUGGUGGGCUGAGUGAUGUGCACGUGGUGGAGAUUCAUCCUGCUGAUUGGGAUACAAUUACAGAGCUGUAAUCACUUCCUGUUUCCCCUGUUUGUCUUCCUCUCGUCGGUCGGUCACACUUCUAACUAACUCACCAAAUCAAUUGCACUCUGCUGCCGUGGUUGAGUCUUGCGGUCACUCACUACUACACAUGGGCACAGAUGAUUGAGGCUGUCCCAAGCGUGAUAAUUUUUCUAUUACUGAUUUUUUGUGUGUGUGUGUUUCAGGUGGCUGCUACACUCAACAACCUGGCUGUGCUCUACGGGAAACGGGGGAAGUACAAGGAGGCGGAGCCCCUCUGCAAGCGGGCUCUGGAGAUCCGGGAGAAGGUGGGUCAGAGGGCACAGGUCACCACAAGGCAUUGUGGGUAUGGAGUGCUAAUACAGCAGAAUGAUCCGGAUUGCUGCUCCUCUCCAAGUAAAUCUUGCUCAAGUUUCAAAGGACUUUUCGGUUCUUUGGAAAGUUUUCUUCUUUGUCGAACAUAAUAUAUAUUUUUUAACUUAUCUUCUGUGUAUAUGUUCCCCCGAGUAAUCGCCCCCUCCUCUCUCAAGCCUACCUAUAGUUUUGUGUUGCUCAGAGGAACUGUGACUUUGGAGAGAGUUAAGUCCUGGAAGGGGUUCAUUAUAUUUGGCUGCGCAAAAUGGGAUGCUUAUAAAGGAGAAGCUCAGCAGUCCUGGAGAUGCAAAGUGCUGUCUAUUUAUCUCCCUUUCUGUUUCGCUCUCUCGCCCUGUGCCUUUUCCCCUCACGCUCCCUCUGUGCUAAGAAUGACAUGUCGACUCCCUCUGAUGUCGACUCCUGUGCUGGAGAGCACAGAGCUUAAGGACAGCUGAGACAUUUUAUUUAUAUUCUCCACUUCAACUCUGAUGAUAAAGCUCUCUCUCUCUCUCUCGAGGUUAGAGAUUUGCCACACAGCUUUCGCAACAGAGGAAGGAACACAGCUUUGCUGAUGCAGGAGGAAUUUUCCUGCAGUUCUCUCUUUUUAUAGCAAGUGCUUUUCCCACUGUGUGAGCUGCCUCAGUCCUUGGUUUAUCCCUGUGGGUGAAGACUAGGAGGAGGAGGAGGACGGAGGGUCUCUCUACAGAGUACCCCAGUAACAGGCACUAACCAUGGCUCGAGUUCAAAGGCAUCACUGUCCUCAAUAAAAUUCAAUCAAUAUAUCACCCAGACAUUGCUGUCUUAUAUUCCUUGUUGAAAUCCUAUACUUCUAAUGAUGUUUACAGUAAACCCUUGAAAUUCACCUAGAAACUUCACAGGAGAGAGGGGGAGUGAGACUUGUACACAUCCAGCAGCACAGGUUGCUUUGAAAUCCUCCCAUUAUUGAUCAUUCAGACAGAAACCAUCAAUCAGAGAGACUCUAUAGUCUACCUCCUAAUCAGUAAGCCUCUCAGUCGGUCACUGCAUAGAAGGGAAAGAAGAGCACUCUUCCCCUGCUAACGAGCAGUAAGCCUCUCACUCCUAACUCCGUCUCUGUGUGUCUAUCUUUCAGUGAGUCAGUCAGACAGAGACAGCGUUAUCCCUCAGCUCCAUUCUCUGUCCUCACCCAACCCCUUAGUGAUGCCUCACCUCUUCUCCAGCUCUGCUCUGACUUCACCCUCCUAUUCUCUUACGAUAUUUAGCCUAGCCAGCAAACAUAAAGGACAGAACUGAGAUUAUUCUUCUAUCCAAAGUAAAGGGGAUGUGGUCCAGUGUUUUCCAUAAGAACUGGCUGUCGGCUAAUCAGCCGGUUACGGACCUAUUUUCAGCCAGCUACAUUCUCCACUUCAUAUUAACUAGGCUACUUUUCAUUUAAAGGUUUCAAUUCACAAGUCCGUCGAGCCCUCUCCCGCUAAAAUGAACGAUAUGCAUCUUCUAGCGAUCUAUUGUUAGGACAGGCACCUAUCGGUCACAAAGCGAGCAAUGACAGGGAAAUGCAGCAGAGAGGAAGAGGCGAAGCGAGAGGUUUCAAUCGCGCCCAACUCUGUCAGAGAAAGCCCAAUGCGUUUCUAUGGGCUUAUUUUGGACCUAAGCUUGUCGCCUGCCUUCCCGCCUUUGGGACAACGACUCCCAUUGUUAGGGCGGAGACAUGAGUAUCUCGUCAUUAUUAUCUGCACCAUCAACUGUGGGACCUUAUAUAGACAGGUGUGUGCCUUUCCAAAUCAUGUCCAAUCAAUUGAAUUUACCACAGGUGGACUCCAAUCAAGUUGUAAAAACAUCUCAAGGAUGAUCAAUGGAAACAGGAUACACCUGAGUUUAAUUUUGAGUUUCAUAGCGAAGGGUCUGAAUACUUAUGUAAAUACGUUUUUUAUUUUUAAUACAUUUGCAAAAAUGUCUAAAAACCUGUUUUCACUUUGUCAUUAUGGAAUAUUGUGUGUAGGUUGAUGAUCCAUUUUAGAAUAAGGCUGUAACAUAUCAAAAUGUGGAAAAAGUCAAGGGGACUGAAUACUUUACGAAUGCACUGUAUGCCCAUGGUGUCGUGGCAAGUAAACCAAAAUAUUUCCUAGGUUUCCUUUCAUAGGAUGUCGGGGCUUGCCAGAGUGACGCUAAAGUGAGUGACUCUCAACAGUCAGUGUAGCCUACCGAAUCGCAUCGGUGAGAGAGUUGUUCAUUUGGCUCCCUAAUUUGCAUAAGCUACUGGUAGGCCUAGGCUUUUUGGGAAUUAUCUGCAGAUAAAUUAUGAAAACAUUCAAUGAAGAUGGUGAAUCAUCACUGCAGGAACAAUAGGUAAUUAAGAGCCUCAUUCUGGUCCAAAGUAGGGCCGUCAUGGAAUCCAGGCAUUAAUACAACAAUGAUUUAAACCACAUCAGAUCACUUUUGAGGUCUGGGAAAAGUGAGACAUUUUUAUUUUGUGGUGUAAUUAACCUUUAAUUCAAGUGAUCACAUAUCAGCACUUGCACUUGAAACCUCCAGGUUCUGGGUAAGGACCACCCAGACGUUGCCAAGCAGCUGAACAACCUGGCCCUGCUGUGUCAGAACCAGGGCAAGUACGAGGAGGUGGAGUACUACUACCAGCGGGCCCUGGAGAUCUACCAGACCAAACUGGGCCCUGACGACCCCAACGUGGCCAAGACCAAGAACAACUUGGUGAGAGGGUCACAUAGUGGUUAAGGGAUCACUGGCUUGGAAUAAUGACUGCACAUUUAGAAUUAAUUAUGAGUAGAAGAUUUUCUUACUUUUUGAAGAUCAUAUUCUUACAUUGUCUCUUUAUUCCCCUCAAAGGCGUCCUGUUACCUGAAGCAGGGGAAGUUCAAGCAGGCUGAAACUCUGUACAAAGAGAUCCUUACCCGCGCACAUGAGAGGGAGUUUGGCUCUGUAGACGGUAAGACACACUCUCUCACACAGCAUAUGUUUUACUAUCCUUGUGGGGCCAUAACAUUGAUUUCCAUUCAAAAUCCUAUUUCCCUAAACCUAACCCCUAAACCUAAAAUAGCCUUUGUCCUCGUGGGGACAUUUCCCAGGUGAGAAUUGUCCUUGUUUUACUAUACUUGUGGUGAUUUUCUGGUACUCCCGAGGACACACACACACACACACAAUCUGUCCUUUGAUGUAAAGGUUAAUGUUUUCAGGCUGCUGUCAUCAUUUUAGUGGAAAUGCUUCUGAAAACAACAGUGACCUUUCAGUUGAAUGCUCUAAUACUUUGGGCCAGACCAGGUCAAGCACUUAGAGCACCCUGCUGGCUGUCUACCUGACUUUCUGAAUGUCAGUCAAUAUCUUUUUGGACCUGCGUGUGUCUGAUUGUUGUUGUUGGUCUCUGGCUCUGCAGAUGAGAACAAACCCAUUUGGAUGCAUGCUGAGGAGAGAGAGGAACAGAGCAAGGUGAGCGCGAGUGUCUGAGUGCGUGUGUGUUUAUGUCAGAGGGAUAGUAGAGGGUCCACUUUCACUAAGGGCCAUGGUAUGUGUCACUACUGACUGCUGUGGCUGAACUUUCACAACAGACAGGGAAAAGUGUUUCAGUCACGGUAUGAAAGGUUUAUCAAUUUAGACUGCUGAAGAAAUUGUGACCAACUGUAAUCUCUCAAUUUCCCACCACUAAACACUCUUUAAGCACUGUUAUGUAUAUUGGGUUACAUUAGCAUGUCUCAGAUCGGUUAAUUUACUCUUAUCGUAUCUGAUGUAAUCUAGAUCUCAUUUCACGGUUCCAUAUAAUUUGUCCAGAAUUAGCUGGAAUAUUCAGGCAAUUUCUUUAUGACCAACAGUUUUGCUAUUCAUGUGUUGCAGCUCCGUCACUCGGUCGCGUCGUUGCCAUUGUUAUCAAUGUUCUACAGAUGCCGCAGCCAUAUUGUUGCUCAAAAGUAGAAAGGGGGCAAAUGAAUUUGAACCGGGGCUAAUGACUGUGUUGUCUAAAUUACACUAUAGGGGUGUAGGAAUACGAUGACACUGGUAAAGUAGGCGCAUAUUUAGUAGGAAACAACUUUGCCAUCAUUGGCAAAUGUACUUUUAGACAGAUGGCAAUGUUGUCAUUAGCUAGCAAAGUUCGUAAAACAAUUGCUAGCAAUGUUAACAUUAGCUAGCGAAAAUCUUGGGCACAUCGACAGAUUUUUCACCUAGUCGGCUCGGGGAUUAGAACCAGCGACCUUUCGGUUUCUGGCACAACGCUCUUAACCACUAAGCUACCUGCCGCCCCGCUAGCUAACAUUAUACUGCAUCUAAUGUCAAUCUGGCGACAUCAAAAUGAUGACAAAGGGUUUUCCUACUUAGUAUUUGUCUUUUUUAGAAAUGUCAUUGUGUUUUCAAGCCACAGUAAUGCACUUUAGACCAAAUAAUCAGCGCCCAAUGAGGAUGCAUUGAGUACAAUGCUCACAAAUGUUCAAAACAACAUUGUGAUGUAAAGUGCAACCCGUGAAUAGGGGUGGGUGUUUGUCAUUAGCGUUUUGAAGUACUUAAAUCCUGACAAAAUCCUGACGACUGAUGGAUGUGGUGGUUCUUCUCUUCUCUAGGGAAAGCAGCAGGAAGGCUCCCCAUUCGGAGAGUAUGGAGGCUGGUACAAAGCCUGUAAAGUAGACAGGUCUGUGUUGAGUCUGGAAACUCAUGGACUGUUCUGUGUGUGAUUACAUCAUUAGUUCAUGAUGUGUUUACAAUUUCUGUCCUCUGCCCCCAGCCCCACAGUAACGACCACCCUGAAGAAUCUGGGCGCCCUCUACAGGCAGCAGGGUAAAUUUGAGGCGGCAGAGACACUGGAGGAGGCAGCCAUGCGCUCCAGAAAACAGGUGUGACCACUGUCCUCUUCUGCCACUCACUUGCUUGAAUAAUAGAUUUGCCAGGCCAGGGUCAUAUGAAAGUUGAGGUGAACACACUGUAGGAGUAUCAUUGGUCCAGCAGCUUAUCUGAAAUAUUAGCAGGUCCUGCUUUUCAUCUAUUGUAAACAAAUCCAACACAUGAUGUUGAUCACUGUAGAUGGCUCAUGAAAAUGUUCAUGAUUUUUUUAUUUUGCAUUCUUUGUCAUCUUUGUACGUGUUUAUUUGGUUCAUAAUGUGUGUGUCUCCUGUCCACGUGGCCAGGGUCUGGACACAGUGCACAAGCAGCGUGUGGCGGAUGUUCUGAGCGAGCCGGAGGCGCGGGAGAAGCAGCGGAGCCGUGAGAGUCUGACCUCCGACACCACGGUCAAGUACGAGAGCGGCCCGGACGGGGGCGAGGAAGUGAGUAUGAGCGUGGAGUGGAACGGGGUAAGUACAGUACAUAGCCCAGGCCACACACAGGGUGUAGGGAGGGGUACAGACACACCCCCCUUGAGAAAAUGUUGAAAGUUAUUUCUUACCUAUUCUUAAAGUGCAUAUCCUCUACAACUUGUAAAUUAUUUGAUUGAAGACUGAGUUUGCCAGUGGUAACCUUGAUGGUAACUGUCCUAGAUUCCCUAUGACUCCAUAUUGUUGGUGUGAAAGCUAAAGUUCUAAUGCUGAUUGACUGUUUGUGGUAAUAAUCACCUCAGUUCUACAUUAAUGCUUCUAGUCUACACUGAUGCUUAUAGUCCUCAACUAACACUGAGUGAACACUCCAUCUGCUUAAGGAAUACUUAUUUAUUUUCAGUGGCAGCAAGUUACUGUGCCUAUUAUAGAAGCAAUAUGUUUUUUAUGCUUCUAAUUUGUUUGCAGCAAACAGUAUUUUGCUCACAACUAACACGUCCUCUCCAUGCAGUAGUCUUACAGCUGUAUGCUAUUCCCUCUGUCUUUAUCCGAUUACUGCAGUAAAGUCCUCUUGGUCACGGUGUAUGUUUGCGAACUACACAACACUCCCUGCUGUAGUCUGCUAUACAGAACUUUUCUGCUGCCGUAGCAACAAUAACCGUAGUGUCCAAGACAACCAAUCAGCAUCUCCUCCUGGGAGUCCCCUGCCUGCCUGGUCUGCACCUCAAGGCUCCGGGGAGACUGGUCUCAGGCACAUUCGUAACCUGUGUUCUCUACUGUACUGCACACCUAUUGGACUGGGUCUGUCAGACACUCACAGUAUCCAGUCAGUCGGUUAACCUGUGUGUUAAACCACACCUUUAAUGUUGCCAUGGUGACUUAUUGAUGUUGUCAUCACUACUGAUGCAUGUGGGCUCUGUACUGUACAUCUUCACAGUCCCUCUGACACUUUCAUCAUGUGUGGGUUGUCAUUACUGUACUGUCUGUACUUACCUGCCAAUUGGUGUCUGCUUAUGUGUGUGUGUGUGUGCAUGCUCAAGCACCUACAGUAUGUGUUUGUGUGACCUGUACAGCUGUAUCCUCUGUCAGACGCAUAAUACAUACUGGGAAGGAUGGAUGGACAGACUUAUACAUGUAUGCAGAUCGUGAUACAGUACCCCUGCUGUCUUUUCCUCUGCAUCCAGUGGCAGCUUGUUACCAGGUAGAGGUGGGGCAGCAUCCACCCUGGGCCUGUCCCAUUACUCUAGCUGAUUCUGAGUGUCUACUGUCUGCAUGCCCUUGUCUGUGCAUGCUGUGGUGGGCUAACCUGUUGUCUCCUCUGAGUAAAACCUGUGCUAUUGUGUGUGCAACUAUGAUAUAACUGUGUGAAAAGACCGACCAUUCUCCAGACACAGUAUCUCUCCUCUUUUCCAUUUGUUUGUCUUCUUUUGGGGAUUUUCCGGCGCUUUGAUUUGAUUUGCCUUUGGUUGAGCCUCAGGCCCACUGGACUUGGCUGUUGAAAAUGGCUGAUGGCUUUGUACAGGGAAUUGACUAGAGUUUCUUUUUUUUUUAUAUAGAAACCAAACUGGGUUAGAACCAUAGUUAGAAUACACAAGCUGGAUAGAGUUGAAGAAUCUAAAUGGUUUUUAUUUUGGGGUUAUAGUUAUUGGCUGUUUUGUGGAUAUUUUUUUUAUAGAUAUACUGAGUUGAGUAAACGUCUGUUAUAUUCAUUAAGUAAAAUUCUAUUAAUUUGCUUUCCAAAUGACAUAACUGCCAAAUUUACCAGCAUACUGGCCAGCUCAUACUGGCUAACUCCUCAGUGUAUUAUGAGAUGCUUUAACUGGCCAUUUAGGCUCAGAGGUCAAAGACAUGGAACAGCAGUUCAAAACCCAGAUCCAUGCUGCCUUUGCUUCAGUUGGAUGCACUAAGCCUAUAUUUGAUGAGGGGAUUGAAUGUUUAGGAUCAGUUGAUGUAUUAAGGCUUCUUUAAUUCACUCAUCCAUGAUUUUUCACUCUUAAUUUUCCCUAGGUCUAUGGUUUCAUUUAUUUUGUCCUGUUAUGCUCCUUAGCUGUUGCAACUGUUGAGUGCGGACGCCUUCUACAGUAGUAAAGCACAUCCACAGCCCUACGUGGAGAAAUACUGUCUCUGAGGGGGACACCCUUUGGCUUACUGCUUCUGUCUGUCUGAAUUCCUCUGGUUUCCUCUUACCACUUCCACAUUUUUCUCUCCCCAUCUCGCUUUAUUCUACCUCUUCUGUCUCUUUCAUUCUGUCUACCUCUCUCUCUCUCUCUCUCCAUCCCUGUCUCUCCCUCAUCUCUCUCCAUCGCUGUCUGACUGGCAGGCAUAACUCCAGAUGCCUUGUUGUGGUUCUAAAAACUUGUCUUCUGCAUGAUGGACGCCUGCUCGCCUGCCACCCCUCCGGCUUUGCAGUUGUGUCCUCUCUUCAGAUUCUGGUCCCCUUCUCUCCUCCUCUGGGCUGUCUGUCUGGUUACAGCUGACCCCAGCUCUAUCCAAUGUCAAUGGGAACAGGGGUUCUGGACUCUGUCUCAGAACCAAUCCAAGCCACUCCUGCCUCCUGCCAUUACCUUAUCUUACUCUUUACUGUACUUAAACUCUGUCUCCUUGCUCUCUCGCUUGAGGAGUUUCUAUCUAUCUCUGUGUGGUGGUGUUGAGUUUCUAGCAUUUACUAGUACUGACUGAUGCAUACCGGACUGCUCUUGCUCCUAUUGAUUUAACUAACAUACUGUAAAUACUAUGAGCUGGUGGCAUGAUAAUCAUACUGUAUGCUCCCUAAGAGCACCAUGGUGGCGCUAGGCUACUGUCGAGUUUCUUUAGUAGUGUUUGAUCCUGUGCUCCAAAUGGUCCUAUUGAUGUCUAACUUAAGUGUUGUGAUGUCAUGAUCACAAGGGGGCAUCAGAAGACAUUGCAGCUCCUGUAUAUUAUUGUAUAUACGUAGACAAAUGUGGAAUGGGUGGGAGGGUAAAGAAUGGUAAAGGACAGAGGGGUGGGACAAGCCUUGCUCUGCAGUGCAGAAUCUGGACACUUCUCUUCAUGGCUCCUACUAAUCUACUCAAUCUACUCUGUCCUGUCUGUUUGUGCAUCUGAUCUUACACUGUCUUUCUUAACUUCUAAUAAAACUUAACUCUUUGCUCACCCAGAUCUUUGCCUGUAGCCUCUUUGUGUGUUCCCUCUCGAAGAUAAAGCAGGAAAAGCAACAUGCCUCAUGUUUUUGGGGUAAAAGUCGAUUAUUGAAGGAAUUUAAUUGCUCUGCUCUGUUGACCCAAGAUAACUAUUGUGACCUCAUAAGAGGUCUUUGGAGGGCUUCUCUGACUUCUUUAUAGCAGAAUUUCUGGAUAGCACACUGAUGAGGUUGACAUUUUGUCUGAACAGCGAGUCUAAUCAGAUGCAGAUGACAAGCACACCCUCAUAUGCACAGUCCAUCAUAUAUGCAGACAGAUGUCGAUGGAAAUAAUUUGCUGAACCAGAUCUCUGUAUACGUGUGUUCAUAUCUGAACUGAAUGUGUGGGUCUAUGUGUGUGACUGUGUGCAUGUUUGUCUCUGCCUGUGUGUAUACAAGUGUGUGUGUGUGCGUGCGUGCUUGAGUAUGCGUGUGUGAGAGUGUAACCCUCUGGCCUCUCUCAUCAGGACGGUUCUGGUUCUCUGAAGCGGAGCGGCUCCUUCAGUAAACUCCGUGCCUCUAUUCGCCGCAGCAGCGAGAAACUGGUCCGCAAGCUGAAGGGUGGCGGCUCACGGGAGAGCGAGCCCAAAAACCCU